AUGAGCCCCCUCAUCCUCCGUCGCUUACGCGACAAAUUUUGGCCCGAGCCUCUGCCCCCUGUUAAGUCAUUUGAGGGGCAGACAGUCCUCGUUACAGGUGCAACUGCCGGCCUCGGUCUGGCUGCAGCACUGCAUUUCGCGACACUAGGCGCAAGUGUAGUCAUCACAUCGCGGAGUUUGCCGCAAGGCAACGGUGUCAAAGACGAAGUGGAAAAGCGGGCUGGUAUCGUUGGACAAGGCAAGAUACAUGUCAUUGAACUCGAUUUGAGCAGAUAUUCCUCGUGCCUAGCCUUUGUCGACCGGCUGAAGGAGGCCACGGCAACGCGCCGUGGCCUCGACGUUGCUGUCUUGAACGCUGGCCUCAUCAAUGCCGAAUAUGUGCAGAGUCCGGAAGGCUGGGAGGAGACGAUCCAGGUCAACACUCUGAGCACUACUCUGCUGGGACUGCUCCUGCUGCAGUUGAUGAGAAAGCGACGCCCCAGGGCAUCCAGGAAGCCACAUCUGGUCUUUGUAACUUCUCGUGAUCAUAUUGAUCCCGACAUCCGCGAUUGGGCCCGAUGGGCCACUGACGAUGGCAUAUUGCGACAUUGCAGCGACCGGCAAAACUGGCCUUCUCACCAGAUAGAGCCAAACUACGCCAACAGCAAGCUGCUGUUGACAUAUGCCGUCGAAGAAAUCUGCAAGAAGGCCGUAGAGCCAGAUGGCAGAGUGGGCGUUAUUGUCAACACCGUCUGUCCUGGUCUCGUCUUCACUAGCCUCGGACGCGCUAUUGCUAAAGGCUCGACAUUGAUGCAACUCGCAGUGCCCCUCCAUGCCUCGGUUCUAGGCAAGUCGGCAGAUUACGGUGCGAGAUUUUAUGUCACGGCGGCACGCACAUCAGAGGAUGAGCAUUGGCUGAAACGCAAUACCAAGGGUAAAUAUAUCCAAUCGCUGUUUGGGGAAGAAGAAUACCGCAUCUUGGCAUUCCCAAACUUGAAGAGCGAUACUGCGCUCAAGGUGAAAGCAUUAGUCUGGAACGAAAUCAUCACUGAGAUGAAGAGGGCAGUUCCAGUUUUGGAACAGCUUGAGGGUGCAUAG